AUGGCAGGAAUUACACACGGAGUGCUCACAGGGGUGCUGGUGACGAGCGGGCUGGCGUACUUGACGGCCCGGCAGUUUGAAAACAACGCAGGCACGAUCAAGCGGGAGAUCGGCCAGUGCAUCGACAUUGCGGAGCACAAGCAGGAGGCGGUUCCGCACGUGAGUAACGUGCGGACGUACUACUCGAGCAGCGUGGUCGAGGGGGCGAAGGACCUGUGGAACGAGGAGGUGAUUGGCGCAGUGAACUGGUGGUACGGUCUGAAGGUGGGCAGCCGGCUGAUGGCUGCGAUCUCGGAUGCGUUCAAGUAG